AUGGCGGACGCGCAAACGAACUGCAGCCAGGCCGCGGCCUCUUUACUGUCUAGCUUCACAGACGGCGCAUAUAUCGACGUUCUAACGUCCACCGUGGCCAAGGAUCUCGUCACCAGGUUCACCAGCAGCCUCCAAGCUCAGACCGCCGAGGAAAAUGCCAACCCCACACAAGCAUCACAAGAAUCACUAUCGGAACAUGAGAUCGCCGUGGGUCUCUCUGCUCUCAACGCAUUCUUGCAAUCAAACGUCACGGGACCGGUGCUGGAGAACGCUCACAAGGUAGAAGCACUCUUCACUGAGGCCUUCACAGCAGGCAGCGACGGAAAGCCAUCAUCAGCGGACACCCUCAAGGCACUGCGCAAAGGCAGCCUCACGGCCCUCGAAGUCGACGGUGUCUCACCCUAUCCUUACAUCCCGCACAUUGAGCUCUUUGCGCUCGCCCGCUAUGUCUUCCACGAGGCUUCCUCGGCCAGCGACGCCUUCAUCCAGCUCACUUCCUCUUCACCCCGCCUGAGUCUGCCUUGGACCCGCCUCCGCGUCAACAUGUGGCACUUCAAGCUCCUCAGCCAGCCGUCCCUCGGCCCCGGCGCCAACUUUGCAAAGGCGUCGCAGUGGAUCGACGUCCCGACGCUGGCUGAGCAGAUUAACCUCGGCAUCGAGACCGUCAGGAAGCAGAUUCUCGAUGAGGACGUGUGGUCGACGAGCGAGGAGGUCUGGUCGCGCGAGGAAAAGGUGCAGUUCUUGCUUGAGGUGUCGAAUACGCACAUCAUGCUCGGCCGCGAUGAUCGCGCGCGCGAGGCGCUUGAGGAGGCGACCAAGUUGAAUAACUUUGCGUAUGCGCUUUCUGGUGCGCUAGGAAAGAGGACGAAGUUCCAGGAGAAGAGCACGAGUCAGCUUGUUGUUCUGGCAAAGAGCGAUGCGACGGCCGAGGGUGCGGAAACUGCAGCCGAUGGCGAGGAGGCCAAGCCUGAGGCUGUUGCGCUCAAUGACGAUACUCUCCUCGAAGAGAUUCAGUUCUCCAAGGAGGCGAGCGGCAAGCAUGGUGAGCUCGCUGCCACAUCGUCGGGCCUCCCCGCGGCGUUGACGGAUUUGUCUCCCGAGGCGCAGCCGCAGCUGUCACCCCUCGACCAGAUCAUCCUCCUCACUGAAGCAACUCUCAAGGAUACCUUUUCUCCCGUCGAUACCUUGACCUCAGAGGAAGUCCUCCCGUACGCCGUGCGCGUAGUCUCGGAUAAGGCUACAAACUGGCAAAUCUACUCGCAAGCCCUCCUCGUCCGCUCCCGCAUCGAAGUUCACCGCAGCAGAACAGUCGAAAGAGGUGUCUUGCAAAUGCAAGCUGUCGUAGACCAAGUCGUCGUCGACACCUCGGAGGCACCCCGCCCCAAAGCCGAAGACGUCGCCAACGACGAACCCGCCGACGUCCCCGCCAUCGCCGUCUCCGCCCCGGGCGAGGCCGAGAUCGACACCUCAGCAGCGGCCCCCGUCGACACAGAGAAACCCACAUCCUUCUUUCCCGCUGCCAAGGAAACCGAUACCGCGCCCGCGCACGUCCGACUGCAGUACAUCCACGCGCUCUCCUCCCCUCCGAAAUGGCACCUCGAGUCCGAGCUCGCCUACUCCUGGGCCGGCGUCGGCUCCCUCGUCUCCGCCCUCGAAAUCUUCAAGCGCCUGCGUCUCUGGGCCGAAGUCGCCCUCUGCCUCGCCAGCAGCGCCUCCAACGACGACGACUCGGGCCGCGGCAACGGCGGCGAGGAGAAGGCCAAGGCGCUUGUGCGCUGGCGUCUGUUCCAUCGCACGGGACAGCCUCUCGUCGAGAACGCGGAUGCGGAUGCGGAGGACCUUGAGGCGCGGGAUGUCACGUACCUUAACCCUGCUGAUUUCACCGGCCCUGAGAGGAGUCCCCCGCCGCCAAACGCGCCGAGGUUGUUCUGUAUCCUGGGUGAUUUGGAGAACGAGCCGGCGCACUGGGAGCGGGCGUGGGAGAUUUCGAACCGGCGGUUCGCGCGCGCGCAAAAGUCGUUGGGCGAGUGGCAUCUUUCGCAAAAGGAGUGGACCAAAGCGCAGGAUGCGUAUAAGCUCGCGACAAAGUGUAACCGGUUGAGUCCCGAGAUGUGGAGCCGGUUGGGCGACAUCAGUCUCCGGCUGGGCCAGUUCCCGGACGCCGCGGAGGCGUAUAGCCGGGCCAUUGGCGCCGCUGGGGAUGUUGUUGGUGGCGAGGACGCCAGGACGUGGAGUAAUCUGGGUAGUUCGCUUUGGAGCAUGUACCUCGAGGCUGUGGAGGAGGUGAAGAAGCAGAUUAUCGAGGAGAAGAAGAAUGGCACGGCGGAAGCCAAGGCGGACACUGGAGAAGAUGAAGAUGAUGAAGAGCCGAAGAAGCGGGAGAGCAAGGCCAAGGACCCGGCUACGCUGCUAUCUCAAUCCCUGGCCGCCUACAAGCGUGGCGCUUCCAUUGCGCAGGAUAACUGGCGCAUCUGGGACAAUGUCCUCACCCUCGCCUCGCGGAUGCGUCCGCCCGCCGUCUCGGAAAUGGUCCAGGCCCUCCGCGCCAUCAUCCGGAUCCGCAACACCGAGGACGCGCUCGACGACGACGUUCUCCGCGCGCUGCUUCAGGAGAGCGUGCUCACCAAGGAGAAAGAAAACGACGAGAGUAAGACGGGAAUCUACAACCCCCCGCGCGGCACCAUCGAAAAGGCCGUCAUCGCCCUUUUCGAAGAAAUUGUCGUCCCGCUCAUCACCACGCGCUCGGAGCUCUGGGAACUCAUCGUCCGAGAGCGGGUCUGGAGACGGGAUUACGCCGGCGCCGUAGAUGCCGCGGAGAAGGCUUGGAGGGCGGCGAUGGGGGCUGGUGCCGGGGGCGGGUUGAAGGCUUCUUCUGCGGGAUCGGGCGGGGCUGGGGACGAUUUGAGUCGGAAUUGGCUUGCUGAUAAGGGGGCUUGGGGAGUUGUUGUUGCGAGGACGGAUGAGCUUGUAAGUGUGUUGGAGAACUUUGGGGGCGAGGUUGAGGGGUUAGGGAGCCGGUGGAAGGGCAAGGCGAGGAAUGCGGUGAGAAGUGUGAUGAGUAGAGGAAAGGAGACGUGGGAGGGGACGGAGGAGUGGGUUUUGCUGGAGGGGAUGAUGGAGGGGUUGAAGUUGUAG